AUGGCAGCUGAAAAACAGGAUCCAACGGGGUGUUCGUCCCAGAUGGACCCUACUCCAGAGGGCUCUACACAGCCAUCUAUAGCAACGAUUCCUGAUACUAAGAAAUUUGCGCCUGUGGCCUCGGAGAAGGAGAGCCAAACGACCAUUGAAGCCGCCGAACAAGAAGGACCAACGGACCCGGAAGCAGCUAUUCAAUUAACAAGAACAAAUUCAUAUAUACCACCGGUUAUCGUGCCAAGAGGGAAACGGCGAGGCCUAUUCGGGUCAUUGACUCUUCUAGCUGAGGUUGAAAACCCAAAACUCUACAACCGGAAAGCAAAAUGGUUUAUAACAUUUGUGGUCGCAAUCGCAGCCGCGGCUGCUCCCAUGGGCAGUGCCAUAUUUCUGCCUGGGCUUAGCGAAGUAGCGAACACCUUUAACACGACAGCAACAGUUACCAAUCUCUCUGUCGCUCUGUACAUGUUGAGCAUAUCCAUAUUCCCUCUGUGGUGGUCAUCGUUUAGUGAAAGGCUAGGCCGUCGCUCGAUCUAUCUUGCUUCAUUUGCUCUAUUCACGCUAUGGAGUAUCCUAUCGGCUAUUUCUGUCUCUAUCACGAUGUUAAUUAUCAUGCGUGUACUUGCAGGUGGGGCUGCGGCAUCAGUCCAAGCAGUAGGCGCCGGAACCAUUGCAGACAUCUGGGACCCAGUUGAUCGAGGACGGGCGAUGGGGAUUUUUUAUCUUGGUCCCCUCUGCGGUCCUCUGAUAGCACCUAUUCUUGGUGGUAUAUUUACACAGGCCUGGGGUUGGAGAAGUACACAGUGGUUCCUUACAAUCUAUGGAGGCCUGGUACUGGUAUUCAUAUUAUUCGCAUUGCCAGAAACCCUAGCGAUUCGGAAACCUCUACCCCCUGCGGAGCCGGAAACUCAGGAGUCGGCGGCCGAACGCACCCUUAGCCGAGUAUCUUCCCGCCAAGUUGUGCAACAAACGACGAGAUUGCUGAAUAUAUUCAAAAUCGUCAUCAUUGACCCUCUAAAAAUUAUCCUCUACAUUCGGUUCCCGGCUGUUGCUCUAACUGUGUACUAUGCCAGUAUUGCCUUUGGCUGCUUAUAUGUCAUGAACAUCAGUAUUGAGGUUACUUUCAGCAGAGAUCCGUAUAACUUCUCCACUCUAAUUGUAGGGUUACUCUAUGUUCCUAGCGCGUUAGGCUAUAUUGUUGCCAGCCUCGGCGGAGGCCCAUGGAUGGAUUCGAUAAUGAAGCGGGAGGCAAGACGUGCCAAUCGUGUGGAUGCCAAUGGCAGGUAUAUCUUUAUACCGGAAGAUCGAAUGCGUGAGAACGCAUGGUUGGGAGCUCUCAUUUUCCCCUCUGCAUUGAUUUGGUACGGCUGGACAUCAGAGAAUGGGGUACACUGGUUUCCUACCAUAUUGGCAAACUUCUUCUUUGGCCUAGGGUCAAUGAUAAUUUUCAGCAUGUCAACAACGAUGUUAACUGAAUUCAUGCCUAACCGUUCUUCAGCCGGGGUGGCUUUGAACAAUUUUAUGCGCAAUAUAGCCUCCUGCGUUGGAGGUAUCGUUGCAGCUCCCAUAAUCGACGCUAUCGGGAACGGAUGGCUGUUUACCAUUCUCGGCCUUGUCUGUUUUGCUAGUUGCAUUUGCAUAUGGGCUAUGAAACGAUUUGGGCCGCGAUGGAGAGUCACCAUGGAUGAGCAGCUGAAGAAGGAGAACGAAAGACAUAGAUGA